AUGUAUGUAGCUGUUUCGGUUUGGGAUGCUACUGGAGAAGUUCGCAGAUAUUUAAAACAAGCUCCAAAGGAUGAAGUAAAAGUUGAAAGAAUACGCAAAAUGUCAAGAAGAAUUGACCUCAUGGGUUCUAAUGAAUAUCAAACAUUUUCUAAGGCAAGGCUGUGUUCGAUGAUAUCUAGUAGCGGCAAAAAGAGUGAAAAUGCGACUUCUAGGUUUCUUAAAUGGUUAAAUUUUCCCAAGGUUACUGUUGACACCAUUCUGCUAUUAAGUUACAUCACAUCGGAAAUGGUUUAUGUAAUCGUUGAAGGGGCAUGUAUUGCAAGGAACGAUGAAGAUAGCAGUCACUUUGUUAAUGAACCCCCUGAAAAUAGCCUACAGUUGCGCCAUUAUGAACAGUCCUUAAGGAAAAGUCGUGGAUACAUGGAACACGGGAAUGUUUUAAUUGGGUAUUAUUGA